AUGGGAUGUGUGUCUUCUUGCUUCCGUGUCCAAGACAUUGAUGAGUACAUGAAUCCAAGCAGCUCUGUAUAUAGGAACUGUCCCUGCAUUAGAUGCCUUGCUCAUAACUUCCUUAACCUUUAUAUGUCGGUGUGCAGGAGAGGGGAAACCCGAUCUCUCCCGUCAUCAGUUCAAGCGACUGCGUCGUUAACUUCGUCUUCUUCCCACGAUAACUUCCUGUCUGAAGCAUUCCGUUCCACUCCGAGACCUCUGCCUUACGAUGCUGAUCCAAGAUACAUCCGUUCACUCAUCUCAAGAAGAGAGAAAGGUUCUAGCCAUUCCCAUGAGGAAGCUGAGCCUCUCAGCGAUGCGGAUUCCGAAUCUUUCCGAGGAUGCAGCAAAUGGGGAAACAACAAAUCCGUAAUCUCUGGUAAAGAUUCAAAAGAAGACUACUCUAGUAAAUCUAGUCUCAGGAUUUCGAAAUCAAAGUCAGUGGCUGACACUGAAAGCAUUUAUGUUUUGUCUGAAGAUGAAGAUGUCUGUCCUACUUGUCUUGAAGAGUAUACAUCAGAGAAUCCAAAGAUUGUAACGAAAUGUUGUCACCAUUUCCAUCUUGGUUGCAUUUAUGAAUGGAUGGAGAGAAGUGAAAACUGUCCUGUCUGCGGAAAGGUGAUGGAAUUCAAUGAAACACCUUGA